UGACCCAUCCGCAUUUGGCCCAGCAAGGGGAACUUUUUAUUGGGGCAGAAGAAGAAGAAGAAGUACGGCUAUAGCCACACAACAGCAGGGAUGAGCAGCAGUAGUAGUAGCGGAGAGGAAGAUGGAGAUGCCGAGUGGAAGGCCGCCAUUCAUUCGGUUUCUGUUGCUGCCGCCACUGCUCCUGCCCCUGCUCCUGCUCCUGCUCCUGCUCCACUCAGUUCCUCUACUCCUCAUCAUCAAGAAGUUGACAACCCUAAAUCCCACAACCUCAAACAUUAUCAACUCAAGGCCCAGAAAAUUUUGCACGAUAUUAUGGAGAAGACCAUAGAAGUAGUGAGUAGCACAGAUCUUUUUCCGGAUGAGGAUGCAGCAAAUAGUGGUGGUGGAAUUCAGCUAUUUAAGCAUGCUCCCAGUGGAAUUGUGUUUGAUCACAUUGAUGAAGUUCAACCACCAAAUAAGAAACCAAGAAUACUUCCUGGAGAAGAGAUUGACGAGAAGUCAAAGAAGUUUAAACGGCAACUCCAGUCUGUUGCUGUUGAUGGGAUGGAUAUUUUAGCUGCAGCAAGAGAUGCAGGCCAGAAAGCAUUGGCAAAAUUGGAAGCUAGAGAAGCAGCAGCUAAGGCAGCUGCUAAAAGAGAGGAAGAGCGAGUGACAGGUUUGAAAAAGGUUAGGGGGGAGAGAUGGCUACCUUCUAUGGCAAAAAACAGGCACAUGGGGUUUCAGGGACGCUAACUAGUGUGCAGCAAACAAUAAUUGUCUGUUCUAAGCUCGUGCUUGAUGUGAUGAUCAUCAAGUGCUUCUAAGUGAUGUGAUCCAGAUGCUUUAUAGCGCUUUAGAGUUCCGUGCGAUUUGUACCAUGAUCUGUUGUUUGUCACGGGAUUCCCAGAACGGAUCAACUAAAAACAGAUAUGUUGGAGCAUUCUUGUCUCCUAUCCACUUUUCCAAGCGAAGCCAUCUCGACCCUCUUUGUGAUGGAGAUUGCAAAAGAUUUGCAAGUGAUCUUGAGGAAAUACCAGUAAUCCACCAAAUGGUCUAAUUUGACAUAAAAGUGGUGGCAAUGGCACGUCGUACUUGCUUACUGCUC